GCAUAUAUUCCUUUUUGGGUUUGAUGGCUUUAGGCUUGGUUUUGUCUCUGUGGCUUUAGGCUUGAAGCUUCCGGCCUUUUUGAGGGUUACAGUUUUGAUCUCUUUGAGAUUAAGGCUUUGAUUUUUAUGUUCCGUAGAUUUUGGUUCUAGUCUGAUCUUGGUGUUGUAGGUUAAGGUUCCCAUUUGCUGCUUAGCUAGAUUUCAUUAGGCCCUGUGUUGCUGCCUUUGUUUGAGCUAUGGUGUGUUCCAUCUGCUACAAAUUAUGGAGCUUUAUAUUCUUCCUUCAGGGUGACUUGUUCCAUAUUUGUAUUGAAGAUUGUAGGCUCUGGCAUGAUCACGGUCAGUAUGAUCCUGUUGUGAUCUUGGACUGAAAGAGUUGAGCUUGACUGGAGCUGCACAAUUUUUCUUCUCUCUUUUGCUUCUUUUGCUUAGAAGUGACUGGUUUAGUUGUUAUGCUAGCAUUGAAGGUUGGCUUGUGUUGGGCUAGUCUAGUUUUAUGCUUUGAGUAUCAAAAUAAAAUAUUUCUUCAUGAGUACAAAAGAAGAAAAAAAAAGUGAACUUUGAAAUGUAUUUAUGUGUUCACCUGAUUGGAAACCACAGCCAAAGGCUCAUUAUCAUUGCAAGAACCAUUGGCUGAAUACAUACUUAUAAACUUGAUAGAGUUUCAUAUUUGAGAAUUGCUUUACUUAACACAUGAGAAAAUAUUAUGAGUUAAAUAUUACCAUUUCAAUUCUCCUAAACAAUUCUAAAACUUUCAAAAAGUAUCUUACCAAAUCACCUAUAAAUUUUAUUUUUAUUUUUAAAUUUCACUAAAAUCACGUCAAAACUCACCAAAAUUAAAACAUUCCACAAUCUCCUAAAAUCAUUAAUUCAAUACACCCCUAGUCGAUUUUAGAGAUUUUGGAAAGAAAUGAGUGAGUUGAUUUGACGGAAAUUCAAUUGAAUUAGAAAAUUUGAUUGAUUGGCUUGUAAAUCUUCAAAUUUUAUGUGGUUUUGUGGGAAAAUGGGCAUUUUAUUCCCAAAGUAUUUUUGAAAUCGGCAGUUUUAGUAUUCAAAUAUUGUUCGCGCAUAUUUAUUUUCAACUAAUAGUUGUAUGCGCAAAAUUAAGAACAAAAUAGCCAACCGUUAAUUGAUGAACGGAAAAUAACAGUUUACGUCAAUUUUUAACGGUUGAAUAUUCUAAUCAUAAUUUUACAUAGUCAAUGAUUAGUUGGAAAAUAAAUAUGCGCAUAUAAUACUUGAGUAUUAAAAUUGCCGAUUGAAAAUAUUUUGGGAAUUAAAAACAACACUCUUUUUUUUUAAAUCCAGCUAACAUCACUCCCUUUUAAAACAUAAUUAAUUUUUUUUCAAGAUAAAUAAAAUAAUUAUAUGAGAUAUUUACCUUUAGAAAUAGAUUGUUGAUUUUUGACAAUGACAUAUAAAACAAUACAAAAUAAUUACAAUUACAUCGUAUUGUUGGUGUACUUCAUGUUUAUGUCACUUUAGAUGAUUUUAAAAUAAUUCCUAGUUAGAAAUAUUGAUAAUUUGAACUAAUACAUAAGAUAUUUAAUCCCGGAAAAGAUACCUUUUUUGGUUUUUAAAAGCAUAUAAAAUAAUAUAAGAUAAUGACAUUUGCUUUGUAUUGCUAAUGUCAAUAUAUGAUUGUCUAAAGUAGAGAUAUACAUAUGAUUGUCUUUUUUUUUGACAUCAAACGGCUGAUCUAUUACCCAAGUUUGAGGUGGUCUGAGAAACCAGACCGGAAUAGAACAACCAAUGUAAUACAUGUCCCUAUGAAAAGAUCUCAGUAUCUUAACUAAUGAAUCAGACGAUACAUUUUCAGAUCGAGGAAUAAAAACAAUUGAAUAUUCUGGUAAUCUGCUCUUUAGCUUAUGCAGUUCGCCCAAUUCAGUGGAGAAGUUGGGCCAUGCUCCUGGGUUUUGAAUCAUCGAGAUUAGAUCGUUACAGUCGGUGCCAAAAGCUUGACACGUCGAUAGCUGAAGCAUGCACUCCAUCGUCCACGAGUGGGCCUUGAGCUUCGAGUGAAGUGGUGAGAUUCUUCGUCUCUGGUUUCAUGCUCCCAAUAGCUGAGUUGCUUCUCCUGAGGUUUUCCAUAUCCAUCCAUAACCACUGUAGUGUGCGUCAUGUGUCCAUGAACCAUCUAUCAUGCAUCUCUCAGAAUUUGUUAUCUGCUCAAGGUUCUCUGUAACUACAUGUUCCUCUUGUUUGUUGUUUGUUUGGAACCAAGCAUGGCAUUCUGAUUCAUCAUGUCGGACAGUUUCCAAAGAGUCCUUAUCUAUUCUUCUGAAUAGUUUAUCAUAUAUUUGUCUAAGCAAUACAAAAUCAUCAAUAAGUGAUUUUAUAAACAUGAAAUACAUCAACAAUACAAACAAUAUGAUGCAACUAUAAUUAUUUAUAUAAUUUUAUAUGUUAGUUUUGAAACUCAAAAUUUUUUUGAAAGUUAUAUCUAACUUGAGAAUAUUUUAAAUUAUGACUUUUUAAAAUGAGUGUUUUUUAAUUCCUCAAGUAUUUUCACUUAGAAAAUUAAAUACUCAAGUAUUAUAUGCAUAUAUUUAUUUCCCAACUAAUAAUUGACAAAGAAAAAUUAUGAUUACAAUAUUCUACCGUUAAAAUGUUGACGAAAAACCAUUAUUUUCCGUUCAUCAGUUAACAAUUGACUAUUCUGUUCCCUAUUUCGUGAAGUAAAUUAUUAGUUGGAGAAUAUAUAUCUACGAACAGUAAUCAAUACUAUUAAAAGGGAAGGAAUCCUAAAAAAUCUACUUAUACAAAGUUGUUGCACCUAUUUAUUUUUUAGUCUAAUCUAUUGUAUACAACUAAAUAUUAUUAACUAUCCCCUAUUAUAUAACAACCAAAUAAUAUCUUCUAACAUUUAAAUAAAUCACACCCACUUUAAUAAGAUCAUGACUAUAUAUAUGGAAUGUUUCAAAUGGUUAUUUUACUUAAAUCAACUUCCUUCAAUUUAACAUAUAUACAUAUAAACGGCACCGAAAUUUCAAUAUGUAGGGGUCAUUGUCAUAUAUACCAUCCUCUUUCAUUGGAUCAAAAUUUUCUUACGAGAUCAACUUUUGAAAUAUAAAUGAGCCAUGUCCUAUUAAACAUUAUUGAUCAAACCUGAAAAGUAUUUUCCACCCACAAUUUUAUAAAACGAAUCAAUGAAUUUUGCUAGGUCGGAAGUUUUUGGACCUAAUUAGGUAUUUAGAAAAAAAAUUAUUUUGGUUCGGAUCAGUUUCUUUCGGAUAUGGAUGGUUUCGACUCCAUAAUUCAAAUAUCUAUAAAAUAUAUGUUAUUUUUUGUAAGUAACGGGUAUGGAUCCGUUCAGAUAUUUCAGACUCAAAUAAAACUCGACAAACAUAAAAAUACUCGAAACACGAAAAAUAUCCAAAAUCUAAACAAAUACCCAAAAAUCAGAAAAUACUCAAAAGACCUAAAAUUGUACUCGAAAACUGACCGAGGAACCAAAAAAUACCCAAAAUUGUAUCUGAAUACCCAAAAAUAUAUUUUUAAAAUUUGAAUUUUUACUCGAAAUCCAAAACUAUAACCGCAAAUUCAAACCAAAAACUCAAAAAUAUAUGUAUACCAAAAACAUAUCCAAAAUAUACAAAUAUAUCUAAUAUACACAAACAUUUUGGGUACUUUUGCUUCCAAAUGGGUUUCGGGUAUGUCCCAGACGCUAAAAAAGACCCAAAUUUUUGAAAAAAAUACGUAUUUUUUUCUGAACCCGACGUGAACCAGUAUUUUUGAGUUGAUUUUAGUUUGGUUUUUCGGGGUCCAUGUAAAAUACCCAUGCGUACGAGAGAAUUACAUAAGAUUUAUACAGAAUUUUAAAGAAAGUAAUUCAUGAAUUAUAUAAUUUUUUAAAAUUAGUUCUUUUAUAUAAUUCAACUUUGUAACUUAAUAAUGUAAAACAAUCACAAAAUAAUAAUUUAUAUCAAAAUUUGUUAUAACAAAAGAACAUGUGCUUGAAAGUGCGGAUCAAAAUCUAGUUGAGUAUUACAACUGCCGAUUUUAAAUAACUUGGUCAUUUAUUUAUUUUUAUUUAAGUAAAAAUAGAAAUAAAAAGAAUACAUAGGAAUAAAUUUUGAAGAGAGGAGUGUUUGAGAAUUUGAUAGACAAAGCAGAGAUCUUUAAGAGGUACGAUGGUUCCUAAGAUCACAUCAAUGGCGGUCGCUAAACCUCUCUGCUCAGUCUCUUGCUUACUCCUCUCUUCCUCUCUCGUCUUCGUGGUCUCGCUUCUCUUUUUCUUCUCCAAUUCCUUAACAUCCGACCAAAAUCCGAGGAUCUCACUCGAUACCUUCCAUACCGGCAUCAACGUGUUCGUAGCUGAGCUUCCGAGAUCCCUAAACUACGGUCUUCUGGACAAGUACUGGUCCUCUUCCCCAGAUUCACGCAUACCCAGCGACCCGGAUCACCCGACCCGUAAAACCAAUUCACCCAAACCCGAGAAAUACCCACCGUACCCGGAGAAUCCGCUGAUUAAGCAGUACAGUGCAGAGUACUGGAUCAUGGGAGACCUCGAGACUCCACCGGAGAAGCGCACUGGAUCUUUCGCCAAAAGGGUUUUCAGCGAAUCCGAGGCUGAUGUCGUGUUCGUGCCCUUCUUCGCGACUCUAAGCGCGGAGAUGGAGCUUGGAAAUGGAAAAGGCUCCUCCUUUAGGAAGAAAUCUGGAAACGAAGACUAUCAGAGACAGAGACAAGUUCUUGAUUUCCUCAAGAACACUCAAGCUUGGAAGCGAUCUGGUGGACGUGAUCACGUCUUUGUUCUAACUGACCCUGUUGCAAUGUGGCAUGUCCGCGAGGAGAUUGCUUUAUCCAUUCUACUAGUUGUGGAUUUUGGAGGAUGGUUCAGGCAAGAUUCUAAGUCUUUCAACGGUACUAGCUUCCCUGAGAGGAUAGAGCAUACUCAAGUCUCUGUCAUUAAGGAUGUGAUUGUUCCAUACACGCAUCUUCUUCCUAGGCUAGAUUUGUCUCAGAACAAGAGACGUCACAGCCUACUUUAUUUCAAAGGCGCUAAGCACAGACAUCGGGGAGGGUUAAUAAGAGAAAAACUAUGGGACUUGCUGGUGGAUGAACACGGCAUUGUCAUGGAAGAAGGUUUCCCUAAUGCAACGGGAAGAGAACAAUCGAUAAGAGGAAUGAGAAGCUCAGAGUUUUGCUUGCACCCAGCCGGUGACACUCCCACUUCGUGCCGUCUCUUUGACGCCAUACAAAGCCUAUGCAUCCCUGUGAUUGUCAGCGACAACAUAGAGCUCCCGUUUGAAGGAAUGAUAGACUACUCAGAGUUCUCAGUCUUUGUCUCUGUAAGUGAUGCAUUAAGGCCUAAAUGGUUGGCUAAUCAUCUCAGAAAUUUCUCUGAAAGAGACAAGGAAACCUUCAGAAGUAGAAUGGCAAAGGUUCAGUCAGUUUUUGUGUAUGACAAUGGUAAAGCGGAUGGUAUUGGACCGAUUCAACCCGAUGGUGCGGUGAAUCACAUAUGGAAGAAGGUUCAGCAGAAGGUGCCCAUGGUGAAGGAAGCAGUGUUUAGGGAGAGGAGAAAACCAGCUGGUACUUCUGUUCCUCUUCGAUGUCAAUGUAUCUAAAAUUUGUUUUUCUUUAGUUUACUUCACGAUAAUACAUACAUUCUCUUGUACUCAGAUAAUCUAUAUUAUUAAAGUUGAAUUACACAUUAAUAUUGUUUUGGCAA